ACAUCGUUCCAAUUUUGCAAAUUUAAAAAAAAAUUCGAGAGCAUUUUAUAGAAAAAAAAAUGGAUUUAGGCAAAAUAAGACGCUAGGGGACGCUUUACCGUGACUGUGCUCCUUGAUCGUCUGAUUGAAAAUACUAAACAUGAGUUCUAUCGGUACAGGAUAUGAUUUAUCGGCAUCACAGUUUUCUCCAGAUGGACGUGUUUUUCAAGUAGAGUAUGCAUUGAAAGCAGUUGAAAACAGUGGGACGGCAAUUGGUCUUCAAGGAAAAGAUGGUAUUGUUUUUGCUGUCGAAAAAUUAGUAACGUCUAAACUUUACGAAAAAGGUGCAAACAAAAGAAUUUUUACCGUAGAUCAGCAUAUUGGUGUCGCAGUUGCUGGUUUACUAGCGGAUGCACGUCAGAUUGUAGAAAAUGCUAGAAUAGAAGCUUCUAAUUAUAGAGUAGAUUUUGGUUCACCUGCACCACUAAAAUUUGUAAAAAAUAGAGUUGCUAUGUACAUGCACGCUUAUACGUUAUACAGUGCAGUACGUCCAUUUGGAUGCAGUGUAAUUAUGGGUUCCUAUGGUCCUGAUGGUCCUGAAUUAUAUUGCAUUGAUCCUGCAGGAAUAUCUUGGGGUUAUUACGGUUGUGCUAUUGGUAAAGCGAAACAAACUGCAAAAACUGAGAUGGAAAAAAUAAAGUCUAAAGAUAUGUUGUGUGAAGAGUUAGUAAAAGAAGCAGCAAAAAUUAUCUAUCUUGUUCAUGAUGAAGUGAAAGAUAAGAACUUUGAAUUGGAACUCAGUUGGAUAGGAGAAGGUAUGUGUUUUAAUUAAACUUUGUAAACAAGAGAAAACAUUCUUGCAAAAAAUAAUAACUAGAGAGAUUACAGUACAUCAUG